CGGGGUGGCGGCCGCGUGUGAUGUCCCCGGCGACGAUUGGCCCACGCCUGGCUGCUCGCCGGCUCUGGGGCUCCCGGAAAGUGGCAGCUGAGGAAGGGGCUCACUACCUGUCGCCGCGGCCCUGCAAGAGAGAGACCCCGGCGUGAGGCGGCCUCCCUGGGCCGGAAGGGCUGGUCAGCCGACGCAGCGGCACCGGGAGGCUGAGAGGGUAGGACCAGGGGACACCAUGGCCCCGCAGAACCUGAGCACCUUCUGCCUGUUGCUGCUGUACCUCAUCGGGACUGUGAUCGCCGGGCGAGAUUUCUAUAAGAUUUUGGGGGUACCUCGAAGUGCCUCCAUAAAGGAUAUUAAAAAGGCAUACAGGAAACUGGCCCUGCAGCUUCACCCUGACCGGAACCCUGAUGACCCCCAAGCCCAGGAGAAAUUCCAGGAUCUAGGUGCUGCUUAUGAGGUUCUGUCAGAUAGUGAAAAACGAAAACAGUAUGAUACUUACGGUGAAGAGGGCUUGAAAGAUGGCCAUCAGAGCUCCCAUGGGGACAUUUUUUCACACUUCUUUGGAGAUUUUGGCUUCAUGUUUGGAGGAACCCCUCGUCAGCAGGACAGGAAUAUUCCAAGAGGAAGUGAUAUCAUCGUAGAUCUAGAAGUCACUUUGGAAGAAGUGUACACAGGAAAUUUUGUGGAAGUAGUUAGAAACAAGCCUGUAGCCAGGCAGGCUCCUGGCAAACGGAAAUGCAACUGUCGGCAAGAGAUGAGAACCACACAGCUGGGACCAGGGCGCUUCCAAAUGACCCAGGAAGUGGUUUGUGACGAGUGCCCUAAUGUCAAACUAGUGAAUGAAGAACGAACACUAGAAGUGGAAAUAGAGCCUGGGGUGAGAGAUGGCAUGGAAUACCCCUUCAUUGGAGAAGGUGAGCCUCAUGUGGAUGGGGAACCUGGAGACUUACGGUUCCGAAUCAAAGUUGUCAAGCACCAGAUAUUUGAGAGGAGAGGAGAUGAUCUGUACACAAAUGUGACCAUCUCACUGGUUGAGGCUCUGGUUGGCUUUGAGAUGGACAUAACUCACCUGGAUGGUCACAAGGUCCAUAUUUCCCGGGACAAGAUCACCAGGCCAGGAGCCAAGCUGUGGAAGAAAGGGGAAGGGCUGCCCAACUUUGAUAACAAUAACAUCAAGGGCUCUUUGAUAAUCACUUUUGAUGUGGACUUUCCAAAAGAACAGCUGACAGAGGAAGCAAAAGAAGGUAUCAAGCAGCUUCUCAAACAAGGACCGGUGCAGAAGGUAUACAAUGGACUGCAGGGCUAUUAGGAGUGAAGAAACUGGACUUUGAAAGAGGUGGAUCAGCGAUAUUUAUUAUCUGCAGGGGUUUUUGUGUGUGCGUGUGUUUCAUUAUUUUCAAUAUGCAAGUUUGGCUUAAUUCUUUUUUCCCCUGACGAUCAUCCUGACAUGAACUAGAGGUUUUGAGAAUCAGUCUGUUGCAUUCAGACAACAAUGACCAGCAGAAGGUUACCUAAUACCUCUCCCUCUGGGGAUUUAACGUCUGGUGCUGCCUGAGGUUCCAGGAGUAACGUCUCAGAGGACGCCAGAGCAAAGGAAACCAGAUGAGGGUUAGAGACAAUUGUUAACUAUUUCAAAAUGCCAACUGGAGUAGUCUGUUUUUAAAUACAUCUUGUUGUUAUUUUUUUUUCUUGACUCCUGUUUCUUUUUCCUGUGAGCCGAUGGGUAGUCUUCCCAUCAGGCAGGAUGGACACACAGCAUGCAGAGGAAUGAUGAGAGCCCGGCUCCCAGGCCCCACUAAACACACAUGGUGUCUAUAGCAACGAUCUCAAAGAAACCAAGUAGAUUAGAGACUGAGCUACAUGAAUUAAAGUUACACAAAGACCUCACUGUCUUUGAGAGAACAUAUUUUCCCGUUUUCUUUGGUAAUAAUAAAAUCUGAUAUGGGUA